GUUGAAGGAAACAUGGAUGUGAAUCAAACGUCAUACUGCACUGUGUUGGACACAAAGAGCCAGGCUAAAUUCCUUUGCUACACACGCAGAAUAAACGGAAUAUUUAGUAUUUGUUUGACAGAUGCUGCUGAUGUUUGGAGCACAGAGUACACUGAGGACACACUGAACCAGUUUAGACAGAGGUUUGCCUUGAAAUCUACAGAGGAUUAUAUCCUGAAACUCAGGGCCGCCUGUGGUAGGGGGGACGUGUCUGUUGUGGUGCAUGACACCAGUGUAGAGCUCCACGUGGGCUCUGGUCCAGGGGACCUGAGUGUGACCCUGUCCAGGCUGGAAGGCUGUAAGGCCACAGCAGAGCUGAAGGAGCUGCUGUUCAGGAUGGCUGACAGCCUCACUCAGCCUGACAGUGGACCCUCCUCCAUGAGUCCAGUGAAAAAUCACCAAAGGCGGCCCACAGACUUUGAGCCCCGGCAGCAGCAGAGCUGUGCUCCAUCAGUGACGGUGAAGAAACGACGAACAGGGGCUUCACUCAUCAACCCGGGAACUAGAAAAAAGCUGCGAGCGACCGGUGUGGCCUUUGAUGAAGCAGAUGAAGACUGAUCCUUCAGAUGACACAGACACUCUUUCUGCUCCAUGUUCCCACGUUGCUCAUGCACAGCCAACAAUGAAUGGUCUUUUAAUCCACUAAUACAACAUUAUGAAAUGCAUGCAUAUGUUUCAAAUCACAGCUUGUAUGGCACGUUUUCUAUCAUGGUGAAGACUUGAACAAUGAUUUUUAAUGGCUCUUGAAUAUCUGUCAUUGAGAUGAAUGUUAUUCUCAGGCCUCCUUCUAGAAUGAUAUUAGGUUAAAUUUCAAAAUUGCAACAAAUGACUUCUGAAUAUGUAUAAAAUAUGUGGCUCUGUGUUUGGAGAAAGUUAAGUUAAGCUGCUCAUAUUGAGUAUUUUUCCAGAUAAGUGCAGACUAGGCAUCACGUGCAGGGACAUGAGCCUUGUCUUCAGCUGCUUAUGACUCUUUUCUUGCUGUUAACCCGCUCGAUAAGGGGGCUGCUUCAACUCCAUGACACAUCAAGAUAGAAAUGUGUGAAUCUUUGAUCGUCCGAGUCAGGAUUUUUCUCAUGUAUGCUUUAUUUCUAUGUGUAAUAGUUGUACUUUUUUGGUGGGUCAGAAGUUCACAUACACACGACUUUUCCUUUCCUUUAAGUUGUUUAGCUUGGGUCAAACAUUUUGAGAAGCCUUCUGCAGUCUUCCGCCGCAUUCUGCCACUUGCAUACUUGUUUGUACAGAUGAACGAGGUACCUUCAGGCGUUUGGAGAUCGCUCCAGAGGAUGAACCAGACUUGUGGAGGGCUACACUUUUUUUCUGAGGUAUUGGCUUGUGUCUGAAAUUGUUUUUGCACUAAAACGUUCCAGUUGCCCUCAUUAAACCCCUCAUUGAAUGCU